AUGGUGGCCCCAAGGAACACCGCAUUUGCGGAGGAAAGUGCCGAGGUGGAGGUGCUGUAUGCCAACCUCGAGAAACUCAACCGUCUCACCAAGAAGAUCCAGGGCUCCCUGGUGCGCCUGGAAACCAGCGGAAAGGUCGUGAAGGAGGCUAUCGGCCCCAUUUACAGCAAUACACAAUCACUGCAGAUUACGAAUAGCAAUAUUGACAAGGUCAACGAUGCCAUUGAACGUUUGCGCCAGCCUCUCGAUGCGAAGAGUCGCGAGGAGGGCAUCAUCCGCGCAGGACCGCAGAGCUCUGGCCUGUCGCAGUACCUAUCGGCGAUGAAACGUGUUGAGAAAGCGCUGGUCGACCUCAACGCGACGAACCUCCGGUCGAACCAGAAAGCAUUGUCCGACUUUAACGCCCUCCUCAGCACGGGCAGCAACAUGUUGCAAGAUACUUUCAAGGCUGAGCUGAUGCAACACGUCACUCCCAUUGAGCCGCUACACUAUUUGACCAAAGAACUCCCCUUCCCUUCCCUCCCUGAAGAUACAAUUUCACAACUGGCAGCGCUAGCCUCGGCAAUUGGAUCGGCAGCGAUUCAUGGCCCUCAAAGAGGAAAAGGCGACAGCCCUGCAAUGAAGAUAUAUUCAGACGUACGCGGGCCGUAUCUCAACGCCAGCCUCCAGAACCUUUCCAUCGCAUCGCUCAAUACCGUCAAGCGACGACCGACAGAUGGUCCCUACAAACAAGGCACGAAUGGAAUUGGAAUCUACUCAAAUGCCUUGGAAGGAUUCAUUGUCGUGGAGCAUGGGAUUAUCGUGCAGAUCUUCACCGGGGAUCAACAAGGCCUGGUUCUCCAAGCCACCUUCCUCUCAGCCAUGGGAGAAUACUCCAAGACUCUGCGUGAGCUAAACCAAUACAUCAAGGCAAACUUGAUGACAGAUUGCUUCUUGGCAUUUGAGAUUAUUGAAAUCGUGACAGCAAUGUCUUAUCGUAUUGAUUCCAAGACAGCAGAGCUCAAGAGUCUAUUGAUCGAGGCUCUCCGGCCGGUGCGUGAAACUGCCAAAUCUUCGCUUUCGGAGCUUCUAGAGGAAACCAAGCGCAAGGCUGCCACCGUCCCCCUUCCCCCAGACGGUGGCUCUAUACCUCUUGUUGACGAGGUGAUGAGCUCUUUGGCUACUCUGACCGGUUACUCGGGUCCCCUCGCAUCUAUCUUGACAUCACUUGGGGAUGGUAACUGGCGGUCCAACUCAAACACCGCAAGCACAGCUCCUCUAGACGUUGGCCCUGACAGUGGCACCUUGUUCUCUCACUUUAUUCUGGACAUGAUCGAGGCCCUCAUGACUGCCCUAGAGGCUCGCGGUCGGACUUUCCACCGGACCAAGGCUGCGCUCGGUGUAUUCCUGUCCAACGUGUUUUGUGUCGUUGAUCGUUCUAUUCGAUCAAGCCCUGAGCUGGCGCGUUAUCUCGGCGCGCCAGAUAGCAUCGCCCGAAUCGAUAGCUUCCGCAAACGUGCAACAUCGACAUAUCUCGAUGCAUGGAAGGAUACAUCGCAGUGUCUGUUGGAUGUGCAGUAUACUUCUCGAACCGGUGCACGACCCAGCUCGGGCGGCGCAGUCGAUUCCAGCGCUAUCGUGAAGAAUCUGUCGUCUCGUGAUCGGGAUGCCAUCAAGGAAAAAUUCAAAUGCUUCAAUGCAAGCUUCGACGAGAUGAUAUCCCGGCACAAGAACCUUCAUAUGGAGCGAGAGGUGCGCUCAGUCCUGAGCCGCGAGCUUCAGACUGUCCUCGAACCGCUCUAUUCUCGCUUCUAUGAUCGCUAUGUCGAGAUCGACAAGGGUCGCGGCAAGUACAUCAAGUACGAUAAAGCCAGCCUUGCCGUACAGUUGGCGCAGCUAUCCUAG